UCAAUUAAUCCUUGUAUUUGAAUUUUUCUCUGGUUACUGCGCACAAUGGGGCCUAUUAGCUUACUGAAUACAAUUCAAGGGACUUUUAGAGAGUAUCGAAUGUGCAUCGUUCUGGAAGUUUGCGAACCAUACGAAAAAGUUCUGAUAAAUAUUUGUAUGUUUUUGAUACUCGGCAGUCUAUUUUACAUAACAUUUCUUUUAGUUCCCGGAAAUCUGAUCAAUUUAUUUUAUUUCUUAUUUAACUGUUUCAAAUGAAUUAAACAGUAAAGAGCAUAGAAAUGGUAAUGACUUCAUAACCCUCCCCCUAACAUGCAUAUACAUAUAUAUAAUAAGUGAUUUUUCCUUCAUAUUAGUACUAUAACAUAUCAUUGAACAAAUUGCUUCACUUUCUAAAUAUUCACUUCAGUUUGCUUUCUCAUAACUUAUUCUUUUUCGCGAUGAUCAUACAAGUGUUUUUUAAAUUCCAUACAAUUAUAGCCAUUUUUAGAGUAUAUAUAUAUAUAUACUUUAGAUUGUGUACUGUUCAGUAAGAUUUUAUCCAAUUUUAAAUGGCAUAGAUUGGUUUUUCUAUGUACGUGUUUGUGUUCGAUUAUUUUGCAUUCCACGGAAAUUUCUGUAAAGCAUUUCUGUGAUAAAAUAAAAAAAAAUUUGGACAUUUUUUAUUGA